GUGUCGAUGAAUCCUGUCAUUGUUGUGAAUGAGUACACUUAGCCCGUUGUUUGAAAUUUGUCUGUAGCCAACAUGGCGGACGACCUGGACGUUGAUAUCGAAGGAGACGAAUAUGAUGCUAAAUUGGGUGGCUUUGGUGAGGGAGCAGCGCUACUCCAGAACCAGCACCCGCAGUCAGCAUGGAAGAACAAUACUGGAGACUUGCCAUGGGGACUAGACAGCUCCAUCAGUGCAGAGAACAUGCUGCUGGAGGAACAGUAUUAUUUGACAGGUAAAGAGAUGUCCAAGAGUGUGUGGGCCAACUCGGCUAACUGCAAGCCUAAACCCAAAGUGAAGAAGUCUCCUGCUAAGCCUUCAAGUUCAGGCUCCUCCACAGCCACUCGCUGGUCUCAGCAGGAGAAGGAGCUGUUUGAGACAGGACUGGCUCAGUUUGGCCGUAGGUGGACUAAGAUCUCCAAGCUGGUAGGCAGUCGGACCAUUCUACAGGUGAAGAGCUACGCCAGACAGUACUUCAAACACAAGGCUAAAUCAGAGUGCAAUACUACUGCAGUGGCAACCCCUGCAGCCCCCCUGGUUUUAGGCCAGGUCCCAGAAGCAGGGUCAACAGUGUUCACCUCUGGCCUGUCUGUCCCCACCCACCUGUCAGCUCUGACCAACACUGUCCGGAUAGAGAGACUGGGAGACGAAGAGGAAGAGGAGGUGGACAUAACUGAUGACUUCAGCGAUGAGGGAAGUAGUGGAGGAGGAAAUGGAGGAGAAAGAAAUAUUGAGGGAAAUGUUGAGGACCUCCAGGCUGGAGUUAGGACUGAGACACAUGAGCCUGGAGGGCCAGAGGAGCUGGACAACCAUGGAGAGAUCCACCAGGUGCAACCCUACCAGACACACCCCAGGCUGGAAGAGACGGAUCAGGAGCAGCCUAACUGUAGCCCUCCAUCUCCCCUCACAGCUCCAUGCCCAGCAGAGCAGGCCCCCAGCGGACAGUGUGAGGGGGGAACUGCUGAGCCCCUGAGGGACCCAGUGGAGUCUGGAGAGGAGACAGGGGGGUCUGGGUGGCAAGAGGCAGGGGAGGAGUUUGAAGAGGAGGAGCUUACAGCCCCCGAGCAGGAAGCGGAGCUGGACCUGGCGAAUAUCACUGAGGAGGAGAAACAAGCUAUCCCAGAAUUCUUUGAGGGACGGCCAUCCAAAACCCCAGAGAGAUACCUGAAGAUCAGGAACUACAUGCUGGACCAAUGGUACACAAUCACAACCAAUCAGAGACCUCAAGGUUUCACUUUCAACAUGCUUUUUGUGUUUGUUUGUCUCAGGUUGAAGAGUAAGCCCAAGUACUUGAACAAGACGUCAGUGCGUCCUGGUCUGAAGAACUGUGGAGAUGUCAACUGUAUUGGCAGAAUACACACCUACCUGGAGCUGAUAGGAGGCAUCAACUUCAACUGUGAUCAGGCAGUGUAUAACCGUCCCAGGUUGGUGGAUCGUUCUAAACCCAGAGAGAGCCGAGACACUCUGGAAUACCAGCUGGCCCAAAGACUACAGAGCAUGCGGACCAGGAAGCGUCGUGUGAGGGACAUGUGGGGGAACUGGCGUGACGCUAAAGACCUGGAGGGACAGACAUACGAGCACCUGAGUGCAGAGGAGCUAGCCCUGAGGAGAGAGAUGAGGAGACCGCAUAAACCCUGUAAGGUCUCCAGGCACAGAGGGUUGCUGGAUCCGUUCCAGCUGAUUCCGUGUCGUGUGUUUGGAAAGGAAAGGCAGGAGCCCUUUCAGGUGAUAGUGUGUGCCGAGGCUCUCCUCAUCAUGGACAUGCAUGCCCAUGUGUCGAUGGGUGAAGUCAUCGGGCUACUGGGAGGAUCCUACAGCGAGGAAGACAACAUCCUGAAGAUUGUUGCAGCGGAGCCGUGUAACAGUGUGAGUACAGGUCUGCAGUGUGAGAUGGACCCUUUGUCUCAGACUCAGGCCUGUGAGCUGUUGUCUAGCCUGUGCUUGGCUGUAGUGGGAUGGUACCACUCUCACCCCACCUUCCACCCAAACCCCUCUAUACGGGAUAUACACACACAGGACCAGUUCCAGAGUUAUUUCUCUCGAGGCGGAGCCCCGUUUAUUGGGAUGAUUGUGAGUCCGUUUGACCCUGCUAACCCCUCCCCCCGCUCCCAAACCACCUGCCUGAUGGUCAGAGAGGACCAAGGACCAGGACCACAGAAGCUGCCCUACAGGUUUGACUACCAGUGUUCACAGCAGCAGCCUGACUGGAGCCAGCUGAUGAGGAGGGCAGAGUGGAUUAUCCACAAGUAUAAACACGCCCACGGCAGUGUCCAGAUGGACAGGCCGUUCCGCAGGGACUCUCAUCUAACCUGUCUGGAGAAGAUGAUGUCAUCUUUAGGGAGGUAUCUGGAGCCCCUGCUAGAGGAGGAGGGAGACCACUUCCUCUCCCAGAUCCACACUCUGUUCCUGUCACACUUUGUUGCUGAGAAACCAAGAGGCGAGGAUGAGGGCGAAACCGCUGACUGCUCAGAUCCAAUCAACACCCAUGCCUUCCCCUUCACUCAGCCAAUCAACAUCAGAGGAACAGAUGACACAGGAACAAAGGAAAACUGGGAGAAUGAAUCGGUCUCGCCCAUUGAUAGUAUAGAAAUGCCUAAUAUAGAAACCACUAACUCACACACAGCUAACCAAGAUAACUUACAUCCAAUGCAGUUUGGUUCUGUGUUGUUAACUGGUCAUGAUUAUCUAUUCUGAAUCUAAUAGAUUUCUCUAUAUAUCCAGUUUGUAAUGCAGUUGAAACAAUAACAAAUCGUUUUCCCUGCCCCUGUUUUGGUAAAAAGCUGGGGGAUGGGGCUGGAGAUAUGUAACCCCUCACAGACAGAGCUAUAGAUACAAGGACUGACCAUCCAUGAUAUAAAAAUGAUUGUUUCAACCAUGUUUUGGAGCUAUAUAGUGUUUGUUUAAAAACAUUGUAGUAAAACAAGUGUAUAUUUUGGGUUCUGAUGGGAUACAACAGUUCAAGAAUCAAUGGGUACAUUAAAUCAUUUAUCGUUCCAAAAAUGAAUGAACCUCCAGAUUGCCCUUUUAA